GUGGGCGGGGCCUUCCCGCCUCGCGCGUGCUAUAUCACGCGCCACCGCCGCCGUCGCACCGCUGUUAAGGAUGAGAGUGGCGGGCCCUCUUCUGUGGGCCAUGGCAGGACUCCUGUUGACACCUCUUCCUGGGGAAAGCACUAUUCAGCCCAGAUGUGACUUGUAUUCGUUGCCUGGAUGCCCACGGAACUUUAACCCAGUAUGUGGGACUGAUGGUGAAACAUAUGCAAAUGAGUGUAUGCUCUGUAUGUCAAACAAAGAAUAUGACAAGAAUAUCCAAAUAGCCUAUCAGUCUUCAUGCACAUGAGGCCAGCUUCAAGAAAGUGGAACAUACAUUAACCUGUAGAAAAGUUGAAAAUAUUGAAAUGUGUCUUCCAAGCUGCUAAACUGAAGCAAGCUCGUUUUUCCUUCUCUUACUUCUGAAUUGGCAUAUUACAGGUGUUUUAUUGAAAGA